UCAGCUUCAGAGGCCGACGCAUAACACAAGUUGAAACCAAAUAGCACACAGACACGCAAGCAACUCUGAUCAAUUGUUCUAAAUAUCUGGUGGGGGUGUCGUGUUACCGGGCCUGUGACCAUGGUUUUGAUUAGUGGCAACAAGAGAAUGUGGAGUACUUUUUAUAGGUUGUCUAAGAAGUUGUGAGUGGAUUAAAGAAGCCAAGCUUGCUUUUGCUAAUGUGCCAUUUAUGCUGGUGUCAAAUGUCUACACCUUUUGGUUGGAGAAUAAUCUUAAAAUCUGUUCGGUUAUUUCUUGCGGUUGCCAAUUUGGUGAACUAAAGUACUCUUGUAGGGUUCUUUUUGGUUCUCAGUUCAGUUAAUGGUUAUUAUGGAGUGCUGUCAAUGUUGCUCAAUGUCUUGCAACAAACAAAUGAUGAGAGGGCCAAAGCACAAGGUAUUACAGUGCUGCAAAAUUCGCAGCAGCAAGGAAACAAGAAUGUGGAUAGUGCACGGACGCAGAAUGUGGCCAAUGCUGGCUUGACCAAAGCAAUGACAACAAUGGAUGAAUUCAAGUCUGGAUUUCCGUCAGAAGGCUUAUCAGCCACUUCAAAUAAAUGGUGGGGUAAUAGGGACCAUGAUGAUUGUGCAGGCACUAGUGCCAAUGGAGCCAAGACUCAACCUGAGGAGAAAGCAGGGGAAGCCAAGAUGGUACAUGAUGAAACAGCAAAAGCUGGAAACAGUGAAACUCCUCAUGGUUCAUCUUUAUUGACCGCUGUGAGGAAAAGGGUUGUUGAUGAAGGAAGAGAAGCAUUGAAAUUAGGAGUUUUUCGGGGAUAUGGCAUAAACAAGCUAAGCAAAAGGGAGAAAAUACUGCUUCACCAAAUAUUCAGAUCUUCACUGCCAAAGUCAUGGAUGGAAACAUGAUUUUAGUAGUUUAGAGACAUUGUCAUUCUGCACAGCUCAAUACUAUUUCUGAUUUAAUGAGAGUUCGUUUUCUUUCCCUGGUUUUUCUGGUUUUUCCAUUGGAAUGUUAUGUGGAGCUAAUUUCAUGGGGGAGGUCAAGAUAUGUUUUUUG